AUGGGUCUUGAGGGCAGAUCAAACACCAUGAUUGGUGUUUCAGCGGCGUAUCUAGUCGUCGCAUGGAUUGCUUUCUCUUUACGGGCUAUAGUCAAAGCACACAUUAUGCGAUCUUUCGGUCUAGACGACUGGCUCAUGGUUGUUACGAUGCUUAUAUUCACAGUUGACAGCGGUCUUCUCAUCGCCAUCGGGCAGGGCCUGAAGGAUGUUGAACACGGGACGAUAUAUUACCAAGUUUUCCAAUUCGCCUUUUACACACUCGCAAAUGUGUUUCUCAAGGUAUCUCUUGCGACCACCUUCAACCGCAUCCUACUCGAGAGGUGGCAACGUCGAACCGUGCAAGUCACUGUAGGAAUAAACACUUUGUUCGGCCUUGCGACCUUCUUCACCAUCAUCUUCCGCUGCGGUAACCCUAUGGAUUUCGACGCCCGAUACAGACACUCCAUGUGUAUCAGUUGGGACGCCAUGCAAGGAGUGCAAUAUACCAACAGUGUCAUCAACACAAUAGCAGAUUGGGUGCUCGCUCUGCUUCCUAUCUUUGCCCUUCGCGUCAUGAAGUUGAACCACCAGGCCAAAAUCUCUGCAGGCUUCAUCCUGGCAUUGGGGUGUGUAAGCAGCAUCAUGUCCAUGCCACGGUUCGGCUUCAUUCACGCCCUCGGAGGCAUGGGAAAGAAGUUCUGGAUAAUGUCAUUCCCCGUGGCUGUUCUUAGUGUCGCCGAAGUGGGCACUGGUGUUACCGCCGCUUGCCUACUUACUCUACGUCCCUUGAUC